AACGACUGCUGGAUUGGGCGGUCAUACCUCUUCGAACGGGCGCCGGGAUUGGCCGCUGUAGAGCCGUCUGCAGAAGGCGGCAUCAUCAAGCCAAAGACCGGGCUCUUCACAAGGAGGAGGCGAUUUCAGCGCGCGCGAGGAAAGUUUUCUGGGCAAGAGAACGCGAGGCUGCCCGCCCGUCCUUUUUUCCUCUGAGGUAGUUUUGUGAUGGACACAGCUCAUCAGGAUGAACAUCCUCCCUUGCAUUGUGAAGAGUCAUGUAGAAAAUACGACCACAAGAAACUGUCAGGAGCCAGUACAGAUAUCGAAAAGCUUUAUCAAGCAGUGCCACAGCUUGGAAAUGUGUUCAAAGUUAAGGGGAAAAUUGGUGAAGGUACAUUUAGUUCUGUUUACCUGGCCAUAGCCCAGCUACGAGGAGGCCAUGAAGAAAACGUGGCUUUGAAACAUUUGAUUCCUACUAGUCAUCCUGUACGAAUUGCUGCUGAACUUCAGUGCCUUAUAAGAGCGGGGGGACAAGAUAAUGUCAUGGGAGUUAAAUACUGUUUUAGAAAAAAUGAUCAUGUGGUUAUUGUUAUGCCAUAUCUGGAACACGAAUCCUUUUUGGACAUCUUGAACUCUCUCUCCUUUGAAGAAGUAAGAGAUUAUAUGUUUAAUCUUUUUAAAGCUUUGAAGCGUAUUCAUCACUUUGGCAUUGUUCACCGUGAUGUCAAACCCAGUAACUUCUUGUACAAUAGGCAACUGAAACAGUAUGCCCUAGUCGACUUUGGUUUGGCGCAAGGAACUCCUGAGACAAAAAUUGAACUUCUCAAAGUUAUCCAGUCUGAAGCCCAGCAGGGAAGUUGUGCAUACAAUAAGCCUCAGAUAACUUUGGGAAGCCAGGUUUCUGUUACUUCUACAGCACCUAGACAACUAAUUCAUCAGUCAGCUACAAAAACUACUAACAAAAGGCCUUGUUCCUUUUCACAAACGCAGAUUAAACAAGGACAGAAAAGAAAGGAGGGGCCUGAGUGCCUUUCUGUUCAACGCUCUGUCUUUGGGGAGAGAAAUUUCAAUGUCCGCAGUUCUGCAUCUCAAGACAAUUCUACAGUUAAACUCAUAAAGCAGCCCAGGGUGACAGAAGUUGCAUCUAGAAAAUUGUCGGCAAAGAAGAAAACUUCAGCUGUGAAUAAUGGCUCAGCCAAGAAAGUUGCCAGCAGUUGUCCAGCUAACUUGACCUGUGACUGUUAUGCAAAAGAUAGAGUCUGCAGUGUUUGUCUUUCAAGGCGUCAGCAAGUUGCCCCAAGGGCUGGUACACCAGGAUUCAGAGCACCAGAGGUAUUAACUAAGUGUCCUAAUCAAACUACAGCAAUUGACAUGUGGUCUGCAGGAAUCAUAUUCCUUUCUCUGCUGAGUGGCCGUUAUCCAUUUUACAAAGCGAGUGAUGAUUUAACAGCUUUGGCACAGAUUAUGACUAUUCGUGGAUCCAGGGAAACUAUUCAAGCUGCUAAAACAUUUGGUAAAUCAAUACUAUGUAGUAAAGAAAUCCCAGCACAGGAUUUAAGGAAGCUUUGUGAAAAGCUGAGAGGAAGAAGUACCAGCUUUGAUGUCUUGACAGGUGAUGUACAGAUCAACCCUUCUCAGGGACUUGCAUUACCAGCUGAAAUCUUCUAUGCUUCAGAGUCUGCACUUCAGACAACCAAAAAGCAUCUACAGUAUCGGAAUCAAAGUUGUCAUGAAGGUGAUGGCCUAGAUAUUAGAACUUCGGAAAAGGCACCUCAUCUAAAAGGAUGGGACAAAGUUCCUGAUGAGGCCUAUGAUCUUCUUGAUAAACUGCUAGACUUAAAUCCCGUUACAAGAAUAACUGCGAAGGAUGCCUUGCUUCAUCCUUUUUUCAAAAAUAUGAAGCAAUGAAAAAACACCUGGGUCUACUGUGUGUGUAUGUUAAUUCCCCACCAGAAGCUGUGGAAUUCACGGUCUACGCAUCUUUAUAUGAAAUCAGAAUCCUGAGGAACACUGUUUUCCCUAAAUUGCUUCAUAGCAGCAUCCAUCUUGCUGUAAUAAAAAAAGCUUGUCAAAUAAUAAAUGUGCUCACGUGCAAAUCAGAGGCAGACUGUGGGACUGAUUUUUUUUCAUAAUCGUACACCUAGUGGACCAUUUCUAAAUGCUUUUGAUUCUGUUGAACCAUUGACAGUAUAAUCUGCAGGUUUAUUGAACCUUAAUUAACCAGUUUGCACCCCAGAAUGGACUCUUGGUUUGCACCCCACAGUGGUGCCAGUUCAGUCUCAACACAAGAUCUGCACAGGCGCUGCUGCUGCUUCCUAUCCAGCUCCUAAUACCAAUGCAAAUGUCCCUUGAGUGGACAGUAUUAUGUGAAAGAUGCUAAUACGAGAUUCUGACAGGAAAGAUUCAAUCUAUAUACUUCCAGCAUCACGGAUGUAAAGGGCUGAUAAGUAUACUUGGUAACUUGUCCUGUUCAUUGAAAGACCUGUAAAAGACUCUGGAAGAAAGUGAGAAUUCUGAAGUUUGGGGAGCACAUAACAGUGGUUUCUACCUGCUUCAAAGUACAUCCUGUGAAGCACAUUCUUUUUUGGUAUAAUGUGAAGCAACUACAUAGGUACUACUUAUAGUGUGUGUUGUCUUACUAUCUAAAUUAAAACACCCUGAUCCCCACCCCCAUGUUUAACUUCUUCCCAGGAGCAACUUGCAGGGACGGGUGCAGCUACAGACCUGGUCUUCUAGUAUCAGCAUUGCUGCUGCUUAUCCGGGUGGGGGGAGGAUGGCGGCAAGGUUAGGGCAGGGCAGGUGCACCAGUGGAGCCAACUGGCACUCCUAUUGGUGUGCUCACCACCCUUAUCUAGCUGCUGCCCUGCCACACCCCGUCCUCCACUGUCCCGGUAAGCAGCAGCAAUGCCAGGAUGACAGAUUUGCAGUGGCACCCUCUCUGCCAGCUGUUCCUGCUCUUCCUAUCUCUUUAACUAUUAAGACUGGUGUGAUUUUCAUACCAUUAAAUAGUCAUUGGAAUUAAUAAGGCUUAGGGCUUCCCAUAAAGGUUUGCUUUUUGUGAAUUGUUGGAGUGGAAAGGAGUAUAGAUUGUGUUUUUGGAAUCUUUACCCUUAGAGAAGUGACACCUUUUCCUCCCUACUCAAAUGUUUGAGAUGGGCACCAGUUCUGCAUUGUAUACCAUCCAUAUUUUCUUGCAUAAAAGCAACAUGUGUUUGUCAGUACUUAUCAACCACUAGCCUACGUUCUUUUGUACAUGUCUGACUGUCAAAACAAAUGUGUUAAAAACUUUGAUUUUCCUAGAAUGACCAAAAUAAAGCUAUAUUUUAUAAAAAUGAAAAA